AUGAAUCUUUACGUUGUUACCCCUAAGGUAGGUACACUAACUUAUUAAAAAACUUUUUUUGCAAAGUUUAAAGUUUUCUUGUUAUAAAUUUUCCACGUCAUAAUUAAACAUAUAUACUUUAUAUGAGUGUCAUACGUUAAAAUCAUUAAAUAAUUCCUAAGCCUAAUUUCAGAUACCUUGCCUUGUGCUAUUUGGAUGCUGCAUUUUUAUUCAUUUGGCUAUCUUUAUUUACGGCUGUAUUAAUUUAGUUUGGUAUAUAAUGGCUUUUACGUUCAUAAUGUGCAUUUUGUACAGCUUUGCUAUUGCAUUCACAGUGUUAAAUAUGCAACGAUGUAGUACUGUUGUUGUAGCUUUAGAAGUAAGUCAAGCUCCAAAAAAGGUGCCAACCUGAUUCGCUCUGAUCGACUUCAAAAUUUUUAUAUAAAAAGAUCAUGUAAAUAUAAUAUCUUCAGCAAAGUACUAAAUUGCACUUUCCAGGAAACCUCGAAAAAAUCGAGAUCAAAAAAAUUACGUUUUGAAUUUGCCGCCAAAUUGGCAUUGCGUUUUAAGCUUAAAACUGCUAUAUUUUUAGGUUUUUAAUAAUUUUUCUUUGAUUUACUAAGAGAAAACUUUAAACUUACCAACAUUUUUUAAUUUUUGAAAAUACAUAGUUUGUUUGAAAAAUCUAAAAAAAUGAUAAAAAAAUGCUAAAUUUGCCAAAUUGGCGGAAAACUCAAAUAUUUAAAUUUUAAAACAUAAAUGUGUACUAUUAGUGGUGCAAAGAAUUUAUAUAAAGGCUUUGAGCUGAUUCUGAGCGGGGCAGAAGGAGAAUUUCCUUCUAAAUUUUGUGCAUUAAACGAGAUUCUUCGUUUCUAUCAUAUAAUGUUUCAACGCAACGUAAUACAAUAUAUCUGUUUAAAGGUGUUUAUGUUAUUUCUUCAAUUUGUUGUGUUCAUACUCAUCAUAAUUAUCGUGGCUGGCAAACCGGUAGAAGGUAUUGAUAUUGUUUACGAAGUUUUUCCACCAGGCGAAAACUUUAUACCAAGUAAGUAGAAUAGUUACUUGUAAUAUGAUAAGGCCGUUAAUUAUAAGCAAUAAAAGUUUGUUCAAGUUAAAUAAAAAAUCAAAAUGUGUUUCAAAACCAACCCGAGGCUCUUGUCGCUUAUAUUUAAACAGGAAAAACUUUGAAUUUCAAAUAUAAUAAUAUCAUAAGGAACACUUCACAGCACUUGUAAAAAUUAUUUCAGCGUACACUACUUUGGCGUGGGCCUUAUUGAUUUGCAUGUUUUUACUAUUAUUUAUCAACCUGUUAGGUCUUCUGGCAACUUUGUACAACGUUUCUUAUUAUAAAUAUUACGAAGAAGACCAAAUUGUAAUUCGAGGAUAA